AUGAGGCUCUCUUUGCUAUGUUUGAUCCCCGUAGUGGCCGGCUUUCAACCGAUGCCUCUGAACCGCCUUGCUCUCAGCACCAUGAUGGCAACGAAACCUGCCACCGAGGAAGCCAUGUCCGUUCAGAAAAUUGUGAACGACAAUCUGCCAUCCGAGGAGGAUACCCUUGCGGAACGCGAUGGAUCCAUGCGAGUCAAGAUGGAACAAAUGCUCCGUGAAGCUCAGAUUUCCAUUACCAAGGCCAUUGAAGAGAUUGAUGGAGGUGCCAAAUUUCGCGAAGACGCCUGGGAGCGCAACACGGGAGGUGGAGGCAAGUCGCGAGUGCUAGCCAAUGGCAAGGUUUGGGAAAAGGCCGGUGUGAAUCUGUCCGUUGUCCAUGGAACCAUGCCACAGGAAGCUCUCAAGGCAGCCACCGAGCGAGGUGCUACCCGAAGCAACAAUGGAGAAGAGGUUCCCUUUUUUGCUUGCGGAUUGUCCUGUGUCAUGCACCCUCACAACCCUCAUUGCCCCACCAUGCAUUUCAACUAUCGAUACUUUGAAACCGAGGGAGGUGAGCAUUGGUGGUUUGGUGGUGGAACCGACAUUACGCCCUCCUACAUUGAUGAAGACGACAUGAAACACUUCCAUGGAACCUACAAGGAAGUUUGUGAUCGCCAUGACCCAGAAUACUACAACAAGUUCAAGAAAUGGGCAGACGAAUACUUUUUGAUCCAACAUCGCGGGGAGCGACGAGGAAUGGGCGGCAUCUUUUUCGACGAUUUGAACGACCGUGAUCCGGAGGAGAUUUUUGAAUUUUGCAAGGAUGCUGCCAACCAUGUGGUUCCCGCAUACGGACCCAUCAUUGAAAAGCACAAGAACGAUGCCUACACGGAGGAACAAAAGCAAUGGCAGCAGCUUCGACGAGGAAGAUAUGUCGAGUUCAACCUGGUCUACGACCGUGGAACCAUUUUCGGCUUGAAAACAAACGGCAGAACCGAGAGCAUUUUGAUGAGUCUUCCAGAGACUGCCUCCUGGUUGUAUGAUCAUCAGCCAGAGGCUGGAACCCCCGAGGCCGAGUUCUUGGACGCUGCUCGAAACCCACGGGAAUGGGUGUAG